AUGUCUUCGGAAGGUAUCCAGGUCAUCUUCGGAGGGGUAUCUGUUGGCACGUUCGCACCAUACAAUGACGCAGCAUACAACCAGGCGGCAUUUAAAAUCCUUCACGCCCAUGGCGUCAAGACGAUUGACACUGCACAAGCCUAUGGUAAGAGUGAAAAAACAUUGGGAGACUUGAAGGCAGGGGACCUGUUCACCAUCGAUACGAAGUGGCCUGGUGGUGCGGGCGGGGCUACGCAUGCAAAUCUCAUUAGAACUGGAAAGGAGAGCAUUGAAAAACUGGGUGUUAAACAAGUUGACAUAUUCUAUCUUCACAGCCCUGAUCACACGACGUCACUGUCUGAACAACUGGCAGGGGUACAGGAGGCAUAUAAACUGGGUUACUUCCGGCGGUUUGGGCUUUCCAACUUCCUCGCCGAAGACGUCCAAAAGGUAUAUGACUUUGCCAAAGAACAUGGAUAUGUCCUCCCGACCGUGUAUCAGGGGAACUACAGUGCAGUCGCACGCCUCCAGGAGCAAUUGCUGUUCCCUACACUUCGAAAGCUAGGCAUAGCCUUCUAUGUGUACAGUCCAUUAGCUGGGGGCUUCUUGACCAAAACAGCCGAAGAUAUCAAAGAAGGUAAGGGCCGCUUCAACGACACGUUUUUCGCUGGGAUGUACAAGGCUAUGUAUGUUAAGAGCACAUACGUGGACGCGCUAGCUAGAUGGGGAGCAGUGGCAGAGGCUGAAGGUGUUUCGCGGGCUGAGCUUGCCUGUAGAUGGGUUGCAUUCAACCCACUACUGAGCAAGGAAAAUGGUGAUGGCAUCGUUAUCGGUACUAGGAAUAAUGAACAACUCGAACAGACCCUCGUGAGCCUCAAGAAGGGUCAGUUGAGUGAGCGGGCAACGAGAGCAAUUGAUGAGAUUUGGGAAGCUAUCAAACAUGAGGCGCCAUAUGAUAAUGUCAACCGAUCGCUUCUCUGA